UUUCUUGAUCAACGAUCAUCUUUCUCUUUCUCUCCUCCCGGAAACCUGAACAAAAGAACCUGUUUUUCAGCGGAGGUGAUCCUUUUCUGGUUAUUUUUUUGUUAUACAUCUCUUUUAAUUUUCCUCCAAAUUUCUUACAAAUUCUUAGGUUUCUUCUUCCCUUGAUUGAACAGAGAAAAACUAAGGGAGGAGGAAAACAGGCCAAAAAGUACGAAGCAGGGCCCCUUAUUCCAGAAAUUUUUUUAUUUUUUUGGGAAGUGGGGGUCUCAAAUUUUUGUCAAAGAUCUAAUUUUUAGAAGUACGGAGUUGAUAUUUCAUCAAUUCAUUAGGUUUCUUGAAAUGGGCUGUUGAUGUCAUACCAAAUAUUCUCCUGCAGAGGCUGGAGCUAAUUUUGAAAGAAAAUUUAGGUGUUUUCAAUUGGGUGUUGGGAAUUUCUGCAAAGUGUUGUUAAAUUUUGGGAUAUAUUUUUUCCUACCUUAGUUAGAAAUGGCAACAAUUGAAAUACAAAGUGUGGAGUGUGUGCCUGCAUCAGAUGGAGUUGAAGAUGAAGAGAUUUCUUCACAGACUCACCCCAAUAACCAGUAUCCUUCAAAACCCCACAUUUUAUUAUCUUCCGCAAUUGCCCCUACUAGUGUUCAUGAAUUGCUGGAGUGCCCUGUUUGCACUAAUUUCAUGUACCCUCCAAUCCAUCAGUGUCACAAUGGGCAUACUCUCUGUUCGACUUGCAAGACACGGGUGCAUAACCGGUGCCCUACCUGCAGACAAGAGCUAGGGGAUAUCAGGUGCUUGGCUCUAGAGAAGGUUGCAGAGUCGCUAGAGCUGCCCUGUAGGUACUACUCGCUAGGCUGCCCGGAGAUAUUCCCAUACUACAGCAAACUCAAACACGAAGCCAUUUGUAAUUUCCGACCAUAUAGUUGUCCAUAUGCUGGAUCGGAGUGUAUAGUAACAGGGGACAUUCCUCAUCUCGUUGCUCACUUGAGAGAUGACCAUAAAGUGGACAUGCACACGGGAUUCACGUUCAAUCACCGAUAUGUGAAGUCCAAUCCUCGUGAAGUAGAAAACGCAACAUGGAUGUUGACUGUAUUCAAUUGUUUUGGGCAAUAUUUCUGCCUUCACUUCGAAGCAUUUCAGCUGGGAAUGGCACCUGUUUACAUGGCGUUCCUACGUUUCAUGGGUGACGAAGUUGAAGCCCGCAACUAUAGCUACAGCCUAGAGGUAGGAGCAAAUGGUAGAAAGCUCACGUGGGAAGGCACCCCACGAAGCAUUAGAGAUAGUCAUCGCAAGGUCAGGGAUAGCCAUGACGGUCUUAUCAUCCAACGCAACAUGGCACUCUUCUUCUCCGGAGGCGACAAGAAGGAGCUUAAGCUCAGAGUUACUGGAAGGAUCUGGAAGGAACAGCAGAACCUAGAUGCUGCAGGGGCUUGUGUGCCUAAUAUUUCUAUCUAAUCAGAUUCACUCUGUAAUUUUGCAACUUAUUGUGUUCAUGUGUCACUGCGUAAAUGUAUUGCCAGAGUUUUACCUUUGUUUGCUAAAGAUUUACCUUUGCACUA